AUGGGUGGGAAAUUAUCUAAACAAGAGGAAUUAUUUGUCCUCCAUCGAUGGCCAGAGUUAUUGGAAAAUGCCAUGGCCACAGAUGUGGAGUACGCGGUUGCUGCUGCUGGGUCUGCUGCUGCGGGUAGUGAUAAUAGUAAUAGUAAUAAUAAUAAAAGACAUUCAUCCACCUCUUUUCGCAUGUCCUUUCAGGAGUGGCAGGCCCUCAUCACACUGCUGGACAACACAGAGCCAAGUGAAUUGCCCUCACGAUUGUGUGCGGGAGUUAAAAACACAACCGUUACAACUCCCAUUCUUGUAGUGAUGAUACACGCCUGUUGUUGGUUUGACGGGAGUAUUACUGCAGAAGUACUCGUUGAACGUCUGCAAAACUUUCAGAAGAAUGUUUUGAAGUCCAUUGAGGAAAGUGGAGAACGGCGAAGUAGUGAAGAAAAUGCGGAAUUAGAACUUGCAGAUGAUGCGUUGUGUAUUCUUUUAGAAUUAGCACAGGAUAAAAAAAAUUUAUCCUCAUCACAGAAACGUACACCACAAGUGAAACAUGUGGCGAUUGACAAAUUAAUAGCAUGGGAUCGUUCUAAAAAACCUCUUGUUACUCUCGCACAUACAUUUAUCGUGGGAGUUAUAGCUUCUCUUCACUCUAAUCCACGCUACGCUGAAACCGCCGUGCAGUCAUUUCGUCAUUUACAAGAAUCUAUAGGUGAGUCCGCCGCUACAGUCACUCCGCGAGGUGGGCGAGGUGCUGCAUGUAAUAUCAUCAAGUGGGAUAUUAUGCAACGUAUUGAAAACGUUCUUGUACGCCGACAACGAGAAACGGACGUGUUGGAUCUUCUCUCUAUAAAAGAAAGAUGGUGGCUUCCACCAACCACUCCUUCAUCUGUUAGUACAAAUCAAAGUACAAGUAGACGUAAUAGUAAUAAUAGUAGUAGUAGUAUGGCUAGUACCAGUGUUGCAGCUUCUAGUGGGACCACACAAUUAUCCAAUUUGACACCUGAAGAACGUUGGGCAUUAGUACCAUCACAGUAUAUUGGUCAAGAACAUAUUUGGGCAACUUUACAAACACAUUUCUUAAGUUCUGAUGUCUUUAAUGCAGAAAAACCGACAGUCAUUGUUUUCUUUGGUCCUUCUGGUUUUGGUAAAUCAGAGAUGGCCCGUCGAAUAGCUUGUGUAAUCCAUGGUAAAGAACCAAGUAAUGUGGAGUCCUCUGGAAAACUUGUACACAUUCAUCUUCCCUCAUUCUGUACACGGGACUCUAUUUAUUCACUUGUAGACCCACCAGCCGCGCAUGUGGGUGAGGGAGUGUUACUUACAGCACUUCGUAAAAAUGAUGAUGCGGUGGUUGUAUUAGAUGAAUUUGAAAAAGGUACUGCAGAUGCCAUUCAGAAUUUAUGGCUUUCGGCUUUUCAAAAAAAAGGAACACUUCGUUCUCUUAAAGAUGCCUCACGUUCUGUUUCUACAGAAAAGACUACCUUUAUUCUUACCUGCAAUAUAGCUUCAGAUACCAUAUUGCGUAAUAAAGAUAAAUAUCUACGAGCCACUGCAGAAGAACAAGCGGCAAUGCGUGCAGAGUGGACAGAAGUUUGUAAAGAAGUUUGUCGUAAAACUAUGCAUGAUCCUUUUGUAAAUCGUGUGGAUUAUUUCUUUCCUUUUGUCCCCUACACAGAGGAAGAGAAGGAACGUUUUAUUCAAAUGCAACUUCGUCGUAUUCUAUUAGAUCAGAGAUCGAAGGAUAGACAUAUUUAUAUUACCCCACGAAUGGUAAAAGCCAUUGCAGCGAAAUUACAAUCUUUUCAUGCCUCUACCAUAGAAGGUGUGGUGCGGCCACUUCUUGUGGAGGUAAUUCAGAAAAAGUGGACGGGGGCGGUAUUAACAGUGGAAGAACAUGUUUCCGGAACGGUAUUUGUGGCUAUUCCAACAACAACAACCACAACAGGUGAAACGAAAGAGGGAGGAAGUGUGAUAUCGUGGGAUUCUAUUCCAGAUGGAGAGCGAGCAUUAGCUGUUUAUGAUAACCAGGAAGAAUCAAAGUUAUCCACGAGAACAAAGAGGAAAACAACAACAACAACAACAACAGCAUCAUCUUCAUCAACGACAACAACAACAACAAAGAGUGUUGGGGUGGAUGAUAUUACUACUAGUACUCCAAAGGGAAAAGAAAAAGAAGAGACAAGAACGAAAACAGUAGAAACGAAAGAAAAAGUUUUAAGAGAUAAGCAACCAGUAGUCAGUUCAAUAAUACAUCACACACCAACAGUAAUAGAAAAGGAAAAGAUUCUACAAUUGGAAAAAAAUGUACAAAAAGAUCUUGAAUUAGAAUUAAAAAAGGCAAAUGAACUUAUACUUCAGAAGGAUAUGGAGAUUACAUACUUAAAAGAAAAAGUACUUUGUUUGGAGAAACUUUUGGCUGUAUUAUUAAUCUCUACUUUAACAUGUCUAUUUGUCUUAUCACUAAUUGUGGGUGUAAAGAUUGUCCUUGUAAUAAGUUUCUUUAUCAUAUUAGCCAUUUAUCUUUUAAUUGGGAUGCGAAUGGAAUUACUUCUUGGGGCUUUACGUGUAUUGUAUGGUAUUCUUGGUCCUUUUGGUUCUGCUUUAGCCGUAGUCGCACUUUCUCUUUGGACUUCACAAGCGAUACGUAAUUCGAUGAUAUGUUGA